AUGACGGGUACCAAAGACACGGAGUCGCUGAAGACAGCAGAGCGAACAUGUUUCGGAAUACCGCUCCCUGCACUUGCGGUGUGCAUUGCCUUGUCCCUCACCGUUGGACUCAUUGGCAUGGACGGCACAAUUGUGGGUGUAGCAACUCCUGAAAUCACGAACGAUCUCGGAAGUCUUGGUGAUGUUGGCUGGCUUGGAUCUGCCUACUUUUUGGCUGCAGCGGCAUCACAACUCGGCUUUGGCGCUCUCAAUCGAGUAGUCCCACACAAACAUGUCUACAUCGCCGGAAUCUUUCUGUUCGAGCUUGGUUGUUUGCUUGCCGGGCUUGCGAAUACAGCUACCAUGUGCAUUGUUGGUAGAGCAUUUUCUGGCUUGGGAUGUUCUGGAGUAGUAUCAACUUCACUGGUACUUGUCACAGAAAUUCUGCCACCCGCACGCCUCCCCCUCAUGAUCGGGAUUUUGGGAGCCAUGGAGUUGGUUGGCCAAAUCACCGGGCCCCUCAUCGGUGGCGCCCUCACGGACAACGCCUCGUGGAGAUGGUGUUUCUUGAUUAAUGUACCAAUGGGAACUGUAGCCGGUGCGGUUGUUUUCUUCCUGCUCAGAACACACCGAAAGCCUUGGAAGACCGUCUUCCAAGAGCUGAGACUGAUCGACGGCAUCGGCAUUCUCAUCCUGACUCCGGCAAUCACUCUCAUUCUCUUCGUCGUCCAGUCGGGAGGCAACACAUUCGCAUGGGACAGUGCAGAGUCCAUCAGCAUGCUGACAGUGGGAUUUGCUCUCCUCGUGGCGCUCGUCUUCUGGGAGCAUCGGAAGGGUGGAGCUGCGGUCAUCCCACUUGCUCUCUUCAAGAACCGCAGCAUCUCUUUCGCCGCCAUCUUCGCUCUCGCAGCUGGCAUGGCCGUGGCCUUGUUUGACUAUUAUAUCCCUAUAUGGAACCAAGUCAUCAAAGGCUAUUCAGCCGCACGCGCCGGUAUCUUGCUUUUGCCACUCAAUGCAUGUUCCGCUGUCGGUGUGAUGGCGGGAGGCCUUCUGGCAAAUGUCAUCGGUCGCGCCAACCCUGUGAUGCUUCUCAGUGGUAUUCUCACAGCCAUUGUAUCCGGUCUUUUCAGUACCAUCACCAGGUUCAGCACAGACUCACGCAUCAUGGGAUUCUCAGCUCUGGCGGGGUUCUCUGCUCUGGCGACGCAGCAGCCCAUCGUUGUAGCUCACAACGCUGUCGAGACAAAGCUGUCACCAACUGCCAUCUCUAUGAUGCUCUUCAGCAACAUGGUGGGCAGUGCAAUCAGUCUUGCCAUUGCCCAAGCGGUAUUUCUCAACAAAUUACAAGCCAACCUUCGUCCGGUCCAGGGAGUCGACAUCGAAAAGAUCAUCCAAAGCGGCGCGACUGAGCUUCGCAAAAUAGUUGACCCCGCCUUAUUGCCAAAGGUCCUCGAGUUAUACAACCUUUCGAUCAUUCAAAUAUUUUACAUGUCACUAGCUGCUGGUGUCGCUAUGACAAUAGCAUCUCUUUCGGUCAAGUGGACGAGAAUCCUGGACAAGAAGCCAAAAGAUGCGGGAAAUCGGGAACCUUCCCCAGUCACAUCAGCCGGUUCUGGAGUCACCGAGCCUGAAGGAGUUAGAGACACGGAAACUACUGCGGAAACAGUUGUCGAAAAGGAUAAAGAUUGA